GGUUAUCAACCGGUUCGACAUGUCGCAGAAACGCACACACAUACACACUGCUGAAGAUUGAACUGAACGUUUGGUUGCCGAAGCAAUUGAAGCCUUGUUUUUGCACAAUUUUCUUCAAAUUUAGCAGCAAACCAUGAUGGGCGAGGCGGAAAAAGAGUGCAAGCAAAUCGAAAUCGCUGUUCAACGCCACCGGAAGAUGUUGCAUUACGUGACGAAGAAGUGUGUUCCUUUGCUUGAAACGAAGCUAAAGGAAGCGGAUGAAAAGUCUGUCGCAUGGAAGGAACGAGCGUUAAAAGCGGAAGGAAGGGUUGCCCUGUUGGAGCGUCAGCUGGAGGAAAAAAUCAACCAAAUGAACAACUACAAACGACUGUACGAAGGACAGUAUCAAGUGAUGAUCAAGAUCGGUUCCGUGAUGGGGGAAAUCGUGUGGAAAUCGUUCAAAAGUCAAUCGAACGUUAAGAUGUUAAUACAAGCCCAAGAAACGAUGCAAAAGUAUUGUGCACUGACGAAAGGCAUCAUUGAUUCGUUCCUAAUGGCGUACGAUAGCAACCCACCUCCGUUGCAGUCCAUGGAACACGUAUUUGUGAUAUCGGUUCUGGGAGCCAUCACGAAUUUGGCUGCAUUUGCCGAAGGCCGCGCAUUUCUGGCCCAGCAAGAGGAAAUGGUGCAGCUCAUGAAGAAGAUGGUGCUGGGCCAGGAACGGUGGAGCUUUGCCCACUUUCGCUUGCUGAAGCGCAUGGUGCUGACGUUCGCGUACAAUAUGUCGCUGGAAGAUCCGAUUGCAUACUUCAUGCUGAGCGAGGAAAGGCUUGUUAGUUGUGUGCUGCGUUGCUUGAGUUUGAAUGAUCCUACCGAUGUGGUAGCCGUUGCGGUGGCAAUUAUCUAUCGUUUGCUGAGCUCAUCGCUUCAGGCGGGGAUUCCAUCGGCAUUGCCCGAAAAGAUUCCGUGGGCAAUGAUAAAAACGAUGCGGGACUCUACGGACAAACAGUUGGGAGAGAUUGCGACGAGUCUUCUUAGCGUUAUGGAAGUCUCGGAUGCAAAUGGGUUCUAAUACGAAUCACUGUAAAUAGGUAUGUAAAUAGAUAGCGGGCUGAAAAGCAUCAAAUGCGUGAAAUAUAUUAACAUCGUAAAAUGUUUAUGUUCAUAAAACGAA